GAGCAGAUCUCGUUUUCGACAGCGCCGCGUCCUCCGAUAAUCGAUCGUCCUCCGAGUCUCCGGCGCGUGCCACUCGCGCUCGCGCUCGUGUCUCCCGCGACCCCGGACAUCGCGCCAUCUCACCCUAUUGCAGCCUCGCCCCGUCGCGGGCGGAUGCCGCGGUAGGCCGCCACGAGGGGGACCCGUGCGGCCGUGCAUUGUGUCGUUCGUCGCACGAUGAUCUGAUCUUGGGCGGGGCGAUGUGCUCAGAUCCUGCCAGUGGCGGAAGCGCACCUCGACCCCCGCCGGAUCGUGGCUUUGGGCUCCGCGGCGUGCGCGUGCGCACGCUGGUGGAUGCUUGGUAAUUAUUUGGAGGUAUAUUGUACAGCAACGCUGGCGAACAGGGUCGGGGGGUUUAUCUGCCUCAUCUGUCGUCGCCUACAUGGACGAAGUUGGCUGGGCGUAAGUCCCCGCCCGCUCAGGCUACCUCUGGUGGUGGGUAGAUAUGAAGUUUACGGCAAUAUGAAUGCAGUGGGAGGCGGAAGGCUGGCUGACAGUGUUUCCCCACGUCCAGAAAGUCGCGCGUCCAGAAAAUCCCACAUCCGAAAAAUCGCGUAUCCAAAAAAGUCCCACAUCCAAAAAAUCGCGCAGCUGAGCGAACUUACUCAAUCGGUUGCCUUUCGGGACGACUGUAGCGAAGUACGAGGCAAGUGGGCGCUCCGAUCAGGCCUGGGGGGAUAUAAGCUGGGCUCCUCGACGACCAAGGAGCUCCUCCAGUCCACCAUUUCAUAACUCCAAAGCUCAUCUACCACUCACCUCACCUCUCAACUCUUCAUCAUGUUCUCCACCACCAACCCCCCGAAGAACGCCGCCGCUUGCGGCCUCGACUCCUGCAGCUGCGGCGAGGCUUGCGGCUGCAAGGCCAGCGAGUGCAAGUGCUGA